AUGAAAAAUGAACUUCUAAAGGAUCCUGAUCUUUGUCGUCAGUAUAAUAAGUCAAUCAAAGGGCAAGAUUUUGCGGGUGAAGUCACUAAUAUACAAUCUCAGGCUCCAUUGUCGAAAGACUUGACUUCAGAUGUCAAGUUAGAGCCUUCUAAAGCGGAGAAGCAGGGGAAGGUUCCAAGUAGUAAAGGAGCAUCAGCACCUCGGAAUCGGAAUUGGAAUUAUGAUCCUGACUUGUUCUUCAAAGUGAAUGGAAAGCUGUAUCAAAGGCUUGGAAAGAUAGACAGUGGAGGAAGCAUUGAGGUCCACAACCACAAAGUCUUUUCAUCAGAUUGUACGAUAUCUGCACUUGAGAAAAUCAAGCUCAAAGGUCGUGACUAUGCUACUGCAUAUGGGUUUUGCUAG